CUCCUCUCCCCUCCCUCUCGUACGCGCCCUCACGCCAGCCCAGCACAGCACAGCACAGCACAGCACAGCACAGCACAGCACAGCACAGCACAGCACAGCACAGCCCAGCACAGCACAGCACAGCACAGCACAGCACAGCACAGCGCAUUGCACACGCGCCCUGCCAUGGAACUCAACCAACAGGAACGGCCGGCUGGCUCAGUGGAAGGGGGAAGGCCGUCGCUGCAGGAGCAGCAACAGGAGGAGCCUGGGCAGAGGGGGGUGCGAUCGCUGCAGGAGGUAGAGGAGGAGGCGAGGCGGCAGGUGGACCCGUCUGUCUUCCUCAUCCUCCUCAACUGCGCCUCACCAGGCGUUCCUGAAGAACAGCUGGCGGUGCACUUCUCGUCGCGCUUCAACCGCAGGCCCCACCCUAACAGCGCGCUUGAGAAGAUGAUGCACACA